GCUGCCUUCCUGCAUUCUCGAUCCGAUGAGGGAAAAAGGUACCUCUUUGUUGGAGGACGUCCUACAGGUACAAGAAACCUACGGUAAUGCGGCUUUAUCAGUCGACCAACUUGUCCACCGCCUCCGAGCCAAUUUUUCCAAAUACGGUCGUCACAAGCUUCGACCUUUCACCAGAAAGGUGAAACAAACUCUAGAUUCCAGCAACAUAACAGGAAAGAAAAGACGAAUUGAGUUACAUGAAUCAGAGUCUUCAUCCUCGGAAUCGCAAUCAGAUGAUGGAGACGAAGAAGAUAGACGUGCAGUUUUGACAUCUGAGGAUGAUGUAUAUAGCCUGAAAUUAGAACCGGAGUUUGAUUUAACAAAGUCGAGACUUAGAAACACGUACAGAAAAGAAACCAAAACGGUUGGUUCAGUGAAAGAAUAUACAUAUAGACGUCUUAAGGCACAAAAACGGAGCAACUUAUCAAAUGAUGAUGGUGUUGAUGCGAAUGGAAGACACAAUGAUGAGCCAAGGUUUAAGGACUUUGGUGGAAUGGAUGAUGUGAUAAAUAUGUUGAAGAAACAGGUGAUUAUUCCUUUAUAUCAUCCAGAGUUACCUCGUAGGCAUGGAGUUAGGCCAACGGUUGGCAUUUUGUUACAUGGUCCACCAGGGUGUGGAAAGUCAACGCUAGCUCGAGCCAUUGCUAACGAGACUGGAUUUCCAUUCUAUGAGGUUGCAGCCAGUGAGAUGGUCUCUGGUAUAUCAGGUGCAUCAGAAGAGAACAUACGAGAGCUAUUUUCAAAAGCAUACAGAACAACACCAUCUAUAGUUUUCAUCGAUGAAAUCGAUGCAAUCGCUUCAAAAAGAGAAAAUCAUCAAACGAAAAUGGAAAGCCGGAUUGUGACACAAUUAUUGGCAUGCAUGGAUCAAUCCCACAGAGGUGAAAAACAAGGAUACGUCUUAGUAAUUGGUGCUACUAACAGACCUGAUAUUCUUGACCCAGCAUUAAGAAGGACCGGAAGGUUUGAUCGUGAGAUUGCUUUAGGUGUUCCAGAUGAAAAAGGAAGAUUCCAGAUUCUUAAAGUUCUUACACGUGAAUUGAGAGUGUCAGGUGAUCUUGAUCUAGUGAAAGUUUCUAGGGCGACUUCAGGGUUUGUAGGUGCUGAUUUGGAAGGACUGGUGACUGAAGCUGGGAGUCUUGCAAUGGCAAGAGUCAUAGAUGAAAGAGAGUUGGAACUUUGUAAAGGAAGUGAGAAAAAUGAACGUUGGUGGGAGAAAGGGUGGUCUGUUGAGGAAUUAGAGAAACUUGAAGGCGUGAGAAUGUUGGAUUUUGAGGUAGCAAUAAAAAAUGUUGUCGCGUCUUCCAAAAGAGAAGGGUUUUCUAUGAUUCCAAAUGUUAAAUGGGAAGAUGUUGGAGGUCUUGAUACUUUGAGAAGGGAGUUUAAUCGUAAUAUAGUUGGGCCUAUAAAAUUUCCUGAUGAGUUUGAUCAGAAAUGUGGAGUUGAUAUGGAGAUGGGGUUUUUGCUAUAUGGACCACCUGGUUGUGGGAAAACAUUAAUUGCCCAAGCUGUUGCUAAUGAAUCAGGAGCAAAUUUCAUAUACGUUAAGGGUCCUGAGCUUUUGAGCAAAUAUGUUGGUGAGGCUGAAUCGGCAAUUCGAACAAUAUUCAGUCGUGCUAGGACGUGUUCCCCAUGCAUAGUGUUCUUCGAUGAGAUAGAUGCUCUGACAAAAAACCGUGGAAAAGAAGGGGGACACGUGGUUCAGGGAGUUGUGACUCAGCUUUUGGUAGAGCUAGAUGGUGUUGACCAACGAAAGGGUGUUUAUGUAAUUGGUGCUACAAAUAGGCCUGAGAUGGUGGACAAGGCACUUUUAAGACCCAAAAGAAUGGAGAAACUUGUGUAUGUGCCUCUGCCAAAUCCAGAUGAACGUGGGUUGAUCUUGAAAGCUCUUGCUAGGAAUAAGCCAAUAGAUGCUGACGUGGACUUGAUUGCUAUUGGUCAGAGUGAGGCUUGUGCAAAUUUUAGUGGAGCCGAUCUUUUUGCAUUGAUGAAAGAAGCUAUCAUGAUUGUUCGUGAAGAGAGAUUAAACAUAAAGCAAGCUGCAACAGCUACUGAUGAACAAGAAAGCUCAUUACGUGGGUUGCCACAUACUAUUAAAGCUAUACAUUUUGAGCAAGCUUUGGGAAAAAUCUCCCCUUCUGUCUCAGAUAAGCAAAAACAGUAUUUCCAUCGACUAUCAAAGACGUUUGGAGCAUCGUAAAUGUGGAACAAGUAUUGGUUUAUUGCACCUUAUUUUUGAUACUUCAUAUUUGAUAAUAGAUAAAGCAGUUUGGGUGCUUUGACUUGAGGAUGUUAAAAUUAUCGACUAUUUACUAUUUACAUAGGUUGUUUAAAAAAAUAGAAUCAGUUUUAUUUUCACGGAUCAACAACCUAUGUACCACUUCAUACAACCUUAUGCACAUUUUUUGUGGUAUUUCUCUCUGGUGGUUUUAAGUUAGUAUAAAAAAUUUAUUGCAUAAUAGGCGUUUUAUGAUUUUUGAAUAAUUUUUAGUUGGGUAUUUGGUUUUAGUUAUAUAUAUUAUUAAACGUGAGAUAAAUCAAUGUUAUAACUGAAUCAUACAUGACUCACAAUUUGGAUAAUAAAAUGAAUAAAUGUUUUUAUGAGGGUUUUAAGCCACAUGUUGUGGCAGGAGAUUAAACAAUAAAUUUUUUGAUAUAAUAUGUUCGACAUAUUAAGAUAUUACAGGUUGAAAACGUUGUACCUUUCAAUUUUUUUCUUAUUAAGACAUUACACUUUGAAAAUAAAACAUAUUUAUACAUUGCAUUUUUUUUCCUAUUUAGGCAUUCAACUAUGAAACUCUAAAUGAUUAUAACAUUGUACCUUUAGAAUUUAACCUAUUAAGAUUCAUUUCUAUUUCUUGCAUUUUGGCCCAUGAUGCAGCAUAUAUCAAAACUCUAGGUACCUUCGGAUGAAAUCUGAUCACCUGAAGAAACUCUGUAACCAAUAAUUUAAUAAGUGAUUUAUGUGAUGUGUGUGUGCCUAGUCAACAUAUACAUGUACAGUCCUCAUGUUUAAACUGCUACUAAACAUGGAGGAUAGUUUACAAAAACAGUAGCUAUACCUAAAAAGUUAUUUCAUUGUAUGUCA